AUGGCCGACGUGGCGCGCCACGUGCUGGAAAACGAGACUCUCACCGAGGAAGAGCGCGACGCCUGGGUGGACCUACGAGUCAAGGGUCAUGACGAGCUCGUUCAAGCGGCGGGUCUACUGCCGCCGCCGUCGACGCUUCCAGUCGAGGGGGCGACAGUCGCCGACUAUGUGUACGCGUGGCGUCUCGAGAAGGACUGCGCGGCGUUGAUCGAACGGCUCACUGCUCGCGUGGGUCCGACGCGCGUUCUGGAGCAGUUUGGGACGCUCGUGGCGUUUGAAGUCGACCGCCAGUCGGCCUCGAAUGUGACGCUCGCCGACUUGUUUGAGCUGCUCGAAGGCGCCAAGCACGAGCUUCGCAUUGAGCGCUAUAGCAUCAGCGAACUGGCGCUGGAUCAAGUGUUUCACCACUUGACCGACCCCUCAACAUAGUUCGUUUUUGGAU